CACCGGCCACCCUGGGACUCGCCGGAGGAACAGAGGAAAGACUACUGGCGGCGCCACUUCAAUCUCAAAGCAUGCUUCUGUCUCUGGUUAGUUCUUUCUUUCUUGCUUCCCUCUUUGCUUCUGCCUCAGGUUCGAAAUUGAAAUCCGGCCGGUGUAAUUGUUGGGUGUGUACGGAUGGCUAGGGGUUCUCAGACCAAGAAGCAGAAGUCGCAGUUCGACAGGUGCCGGCGGAGAGCUUCCAGAGUGGUAAGACUGGUAGCUUAUUUUUGCAAAACCCAUGUUGCUAAUUAUAGCAUGGAUUCCCAAAAGAAGUCAUGCUGAAAGCUUUGCUCCACAACCAGAAUCGUGAGAUGCUUGGGAACAGUGUGAUUUCAAAGUUUAGAACUUUAGUUUUAUCUACUGAGAAACCAGGCCUCUCUUUUAUUAAUAUCAAGCAUCAACACCAUCUCUGCACGUUUCUCCAGCCUUCUCCCUGCUCCAGUUUGUUUGUGGCGCGAGACUCUACUGCCAUAGCCGAAGCCCUGUCCUUCUCUGUGAACUCUAGAUCAUCAACUCUGGGGACCCAAAUCCAUGGUUAUGUUGUCAAGCUUGGUUUGAGUAACGAUGUUUUCACCCAAAACAAUCUGAUCAGGAUGUACUCAAAACGUGACCGUCUGCCUGAUGGAUGUAAGGUGUUUGAUGACAUGCCUCACAGAAAUAUUGUUUCUUGGGCUUUGCUCAUAUCUGGUGCUGUUCAGAGUUGCGAACCUGAGUUGGGGUUAGAGACGUACUUGGAUAUGGCAAGAACUGGUCUGAUGCCAAAUGAGUUUGUUCUUGGUAGUGUUAUGAAGGGGUGUGUUUCUAUGGAAGCUGGAGGCUUUGGUUUAUCUAUUCAUUGUUGGGCGCUGAAAAUUGGGUUGGAAACGAAUCCAUACGUCGGCAGCUCAACUUUGAGUUUCUAUUGUAAAAUGGAGGAUAUCAAAGCUGCAGAUAGAGUUUUCAUGUCUAUGGACAAAGUAGAUGUCGGUUGUUGGAAUGCUAUCCUCGGUGGGUAUGCCCAAUUGGGGCUUGGCAGUGAAGCGCUGAGCAUAGCAUCAUCAAUGCGAUGUCAAGGACUAAAGUUUGACAAAUACACCUUCGUUAGUUCUCUUCAAGGAAGCUCAGUGGAGCCAGAUUUGCAUUUUGGGAGGCAGAUUCAUGGACUGAUUCUCAGAACGGAAGAAGAUUAUUGUACAUCAGUAAUGAACGCUCUUAUGGACAUGUACACAAAGAAUGGCAGGGUAGAUUGUGCCAUGAAAGUUUUCGGUAAGAUGCUUGAUAGGGAUAUUAUAACUUGGAAUACUGCAUUCAGUUGCCUUGCUCAUUACAAGGAUUCUAAGAAACUGGCAAACUUCUUCCACAAUUUUAUGUUGAGUAGCAUAAGUCCCAAUCAUAUUACAUUUUCGUUAUUAUUUAGGCAAUGCGGGGAGCUAGUGGAUGUGAAUCUUGGUCUUCAGUUUUGUUCUCUUGCAGUCCACUUUGGAUUCUGUGAUGAAGCAGUCGUAAUCUCUUCUCUUGUCAAUAUGUUCUCUAGGUGUGGCUCGAUGCAAGUGGCAAAUCUUGUGGCUGACGGCAGCUCUUGCAAAGAUAUAAUUAUUUGGAAUGAGUUAAUCUCUGGCCAUAACUUGAACAAUCAUGUCAUGGAAGCUCUGCAAACAUUCCGUAACUUGGUACUGGUAAGGGUCCAAGCUGAUGAAUACACCUAUUCACUCAUUCUGGAAACCUGCUGCAAAUAUGGCUGCCAGAAAAUAGUUCAACAGAUCCAUGGAGCUGUGAUCAAAUCUGGAUUUGAUUCUCAUGGACACUGUUGUAGUUCUCUGAUUAAAGGCUAUGCUAAAUUGGAUCUGUUUCAUGAUUCUUCCAAAUUUUUUGACGGGAGUGACAGAAGAAUCGAUUUAGCUGCUUGGGGAACCAUGAUAUCAGCAUUGUUAAAUCAAGGCCAUGAACAAGAAGCCAUCAGAUUUUUCAAAUCUCUAUUAGACUCUGGUAGGAAACCUGAUGAGUUUAUUCUGGGUAGUAUUCUAGGCAGUUGUGGUAGUAGCGGCCCUUAUUCUAGGAUCAAUGCUGCCCAUGCUUUUGUCACCAAAUUAGGUUAUGAUGAAGACAACUUUGUGGCUAGUGCAAUGCUAGAUGCAUAUGCAAAAUAUGGAGACAUCAAAAGUGCAAGAACUGUUUUUGACCAAUCAUCAAGAUUUCAUGAUGUCGUGCUCUACAAUGCUAUGAUCAUGGGUUAUGCCCAUCACGGUCUAGGCUUAGAAGCUCUAGAUAUGUUUGAGAAGAUGAAGGAAGUUAAGCCCAACCAAGCUACGUUUGUGUCGAUCAUAUCAGCAUGUGGUCAUUUGGGUUUGGUCGACAAAGGGUGCCUUUUGUUUGAAUCGAUGAUGUCAGAACAUGAUCUUGAACCUUCUCCUAAUAAUUAUGGUUGCUUGGUGGACAUGUUUUCCCGAAAUGGACACCUUGAAGAUGCUAAGCGGAUAAUCGAAACAAUGCAGUUUCCUCCAUGGCCUGCUAUCUUGAGAUCUCUGCUGAGUGGUUGCAGGAUAUAUGGGAACAAGGAGUUGGGAGAAUGGGCAGCUGCAAAGUUGAUUCAUUUGGUUCCCGAGAAUGAUGCUACUUAUGCUUUGAGGUUUAAGAUUCAUUCUGAGAGUGGUAACUGGGAAGAUGCAGCGAAUAUCAGCAGAGCAAUCUCUGAGAUGGACAGCAAAAAGACUGUGGGCCAGAGUUGGUUGGAUUGAGGGAACCACUGCUAGCACUCCUGAGGCUUGAUCCGAAACAAAUAUAAGGUUUCCAGGAGCUCUGCCAAGUAGAUUUAUUACUGCACUGAUUAGAGCUUAAACUCGUUCAUUAGCAGUGGAAGUUCAGUAAUAUCGAAAGGCUAAAAGACUUUAUGAUGCUUUACCGUAUUCCUACUAGAUGUCUGCUGCUAGUCCUUUACUCUUCUUGAUAGGGGGGGGGGGGGGGGGACAUUUCUCUCAGAUUUCAAGAUUCUCCAAUGAAGUGUGAACCAGUAAUACAGCAUCUACUGUUUCGGCCCCUUGAUUUGAGUUUUUUUUCUUCUUUUGCGUACUCAUUGCUAUUAGAAUCACUGUUAUUUUUAUUUCUCCAUUUGCAUGUGCUCUCUAUAAUAAUUUCUCUCUUCCAUUUGAUUCAGAAAUGGAGUGAUUUCAAGUUGUUAAACGUAGGGUUGGAGUUGAAACAAGCAUCAAUUUAUGAGAAGACCAGGUCCACCAUCGGUUCCAUCCACACCAAACAUAACAAGGUUUUCGUAUCAUUUGAGGUUGAUGCAGUUCCCAAGAAGCUUCCCUCCCUUCUAGCCAGAGACUUUGUCUUCACACGACCUUCAAAUGGAUCAAGUGGCCAAAAAUUUCAGGGUCUAAUCAAUAGUGUGGAGAAGAGCAACAAUACAUUUUUGAGGAAGGAGUAACAAUAUCUUCGUUGAAUUCGUGCAAGAUUUUUUCUCACAGCAUCGACCAGCUUCCAGUCGGACAACAAGUUGAACCUCGACCUUAUCUACCCAUAUGACUAGACUUUAUAAGGAACAAAUUAUCGCAGUCCAUCAGAUCCUGGGCCUCAGAGGAAGUCCACCAUAUCUUAUUGGGGUUCAGCAGCUAGCCGUGAGAAGGGACCUUGGAAAGACCUCGGUACGAAGUUCGAUCUAGGUCAAUCAAGGCUAGCUGCUGAUGCAAGUAAAGCCAUGGGGAACUGGGAGUCAUUGUAAUGAGAUUCCAGACAGGUUUGUGCUGCAGUGGAAGAGUUCACUUCAAAUCUCUACAGUGAAGGUUUUCAGGAGCUCUGCAGUGGACCAGUGGUGUCAUGGUCCACAGAACCUUUCUGAAACUAUUGGCAACAGGAACGGAGUGGCACUUUCCAAGUACAGGGCAAGAGUGAAAGGGGAGUGGUUCGGUCUGGGCUAAUUAUUUAUGUGACUGGGGAUUACUUAAAUGACAAGGCUUCCAAAUAGAAUAGUUUAUUGGCAAAGAUACAAAAGGUUAGCGGUUGAGACUCAGAGUUAUCCUAUAAUUAAGGCCAGCUACUCAUUUCCUCUGUAGUCUCUGAACAGCCGGACCCUUUUCUCAGAUUUCAAGAUUCCACAGUAAAAAAAAGUCCAGUCCAGGAACCAUGAUUGGUUUCGUUAUUAAGCUCGCCGGGGGUAUCCUUGCUUCAUUCUGCCUUGGGUGGGCUAUCAAUCGCUAUACUUCAGAUCACGAGGAAGAUGAUGAUCAUCAUCGUGGGUCUUAUUCCCGUCUGGAAGGGGAGUCACCAAGCCGGUCUCAUCUUCAUCGGGUUAAGAACAACACCACUAGUAAUUUCUACCCGCCCUACAUCCCCAGUUCAUCGUCUUCUUCUUUUAGAGCAUCUCAGUUUCCCUCCAAGCCAGCGGAGUCCCUAACUUAGAAGAAGAAUGAGGAAACACCUACACGACAUCCAUUACCUUCUAAGCUUCCUGCUGUCCCCAUUUCUAAACCAUCCCCGGCUUCCCUAUUUCCAAAAGAAACUUCUUCUUCUUUUAGAACAUCUCCGUUUCCCUCCAAGGCCCCGGAUUCCCCGACUGUGAAGCUAGCUCCGCGUCUACGACCAUUGGACAGCGACCCUCCCCUUGUUAUCCAGUGGCCACCUUCCCUCGAGGAAAUGCCUGCACGAUAUCCAAAACCUUCUAACCCUCCUGCAGUUCCCAUUUCUAAACCAUCUCCAGCUUUCCUGUUUUCAGAAGAAACAUCUUCUUCUGUUAAAGCAUCUCCAUUUCCCUCCAAGGCGGAGAAGUCCCCGAUGUUGAAGCCAACUCUGCGUCCAGUUCCCCCAAGUGCAAGUUCAACUGGUGGCGGGACACAAGCCAAUUACAUAUGGAUCCAGAAAGGCAAGUCACAAGCAGUUUAUGAGAUUCCAGAGGAUGUUGAGCGUUUGAUCAAGCAAGAUAAGGUGCCUCAAGUACUGCUGAGGAAGCCUCUAUCCACUUCCACCUACAGAGAUUAUUUUGCUGCUCUUCUGUAUGCAGAGGACCACUAUCUCGAGAAAUGGAACGGCUUCGAGUUGUUCGACGUGGAGUUGGAGCUGAAACAAGCAGAAAUUUACGACAAGACUCGGUCCACUAAUCACACGCGUAAUGCAAAACAUGACAAGACUCGGUCGACCAAUUACACCCGUAAUCCGACACUUGGCAAGACCUUCGUGUCAUUUGUGAUUGAUGCAGUUCCUGAGAAGCGCCCCUUCCUUCUAUCCAGAGACUUUGUCUUCACCCAACUCUCAAAUGAACCAAACAGCUGUACAUUUCAGGGGCUGAUCUAUCGUGUGGAGAGGAGUAACACCAUCUUAGUUGAAUUUGGCCAAGAUUUCUUCUCUCAGCAUCGACCAACUUCCAAGUACGAUGUUAGCUUCUCAUUCAACCGAGUCUGCCUGAAGAGGUUUCAUCAGGCGAUUGAAGUUGCUUCCACUCGUUCAUGGCUAAGAGGCUUCAUUUUCCCGGAUUCUCUCUCCAGUACCCGGACAAGCAUAGCUACCUCAGUAUCUACCCAUAUCUUCAAUCACAGACUUGACAAGCAACAAAGGGUUGCAGUCGAUCAGAUCCUGAGCCUCCAAGGACCUCCGCCAUACCUUGUAGAGGGCCAGCUAGCCGUGAAACCUGACACAUCAAGAACAAUUGCAAAGCAGCAACUAUCAAGGACUGGAUUAGUAGUGAAAGAGGCUGUGGCCCAACUGUAUCGUACCAGUGCAGAUCAUCGGAUUCUUGUAUGUGCACAUGCUAACAGAACCUGUGAUGUGCUGAUGGAGCAUUUGAAAGAGGAGAUCAAGGACAGAGAUAUGUUUCGAGCCAAUGCGGCUUUCAGGGAGAUUGAUGAGGUCCCCAGUGAGAUCCUUAGCCAGUCUGCAUACAAAGGGGAAUGUUUCACGUGCCCGCCACUCGUUGAGCUCCAGAGGUAUAGAGUCAUAGUAUCUACUUACGUGACGAGCUUCCGGCUGCACAGCGAGGGUAUUGGCAAAGGACAUUUUAGUCAUAUCUUCUUGGUGGAUGCCUCGACAGCAAUCGAACCGGAAGUGAUGGUGACAGUGGUUAACUUGGUGGGUGAGGAGACGGCUGUGGUAGUUUCGGGUUCAAAAUUCAAUAGCCCGCAUUUGGUCCGAUCCGAUAUCGCCAGAAAGUAUGGACUCAAGACCUCCUACUUUGAAAGGCUUAAAAAUUGCAGCAAGCUGUACCAUGAGUCUUCUGGUUCUUCAAUGUUCAUCAGCCGGUUGGAGGAGGAUUCACAAAGCUCCUUCAUACCUUCCGUUUUGAUGUAGGUUUAUGUUUACAUGUUGUACAUAUACCAGGACGGUAAUAGUUCCAGGCACAAAGUUGUGAACUUCUUUUUAAUGAAGUACAGCUCUCUUCUUAUGACUAGAGAUUGAAAUUUUGAUUAAUUGACGAGGUUAUCAGCAACCACACUACCUUGGUUCUAGAGCUCUCAGUCUUGUGCAAAAGCAUAUGAAGCUUUGUUUUGCGAAGAUCUGGGGAGUGCGAACUGCUUCGUACGGCCCAUGCCUAUGCCUUUCGUCCAUGAAUGAGAAACUUUUUUCUAGUGGACUGCAGAGUGCAGACUCAAAGCUUACAUUUGUUUCUCAAUUACUUUGGGCUCACUAGAGCCCAGAAACAAGCCCAUAUCCUUUGAAUCCUCCCGUUCUAUUUUCCCAGUUCCCACUGCUCAAACCUCAAAGAACAGAGAAUAGAAAACGCAAACAGCGACGCAGGAUAGAUUGGCAGACAGAGAGCGAGAGAGAAGAAAGGAGGACGGAGAUGGGUAGCUGCAAUGUUUUUGCACCCAGUUGCCACCUUCAGAUUCAUGUCGCAAACGAUGCCUGCCAUCCCCACUUGAAUCUCAAAGCUCCUCCCUUUAUGCUUCCUUCACUGGCUAAGAAACAGACGUCACGGUUUGAUACGCGCCGGAGAGCUUCCAGAGUGGUGGCCUAUUUUGGCUUGAAGCCUCCUCCUUACCAACUUGAUGCGUUAGAGCCACACAUGAGUAAGAAGACGGUGGAGUUGCACUGGGGAGGUCAUCAUCGUGGUUAUCUCGAGAACCUGAACAAAGCUCUGGCGAAAGACGAUGUUCUGUACAGCUACACCAUGGAUGAACUUAUCAAUGUUACCUACAACCGUGGCAACCCUCUACCUGCUUUCAACAAUGCUGCUCAGGUCUGGAAUCACGACUUCUUUUGGGAAUCCAUGCAACCAGGAGGCGGCGGUAUGCCUGAACUUGGUCUCCUCGAUCAGAUCGAAAAAGAUUUUGGUUCCUUCACAAAUUUCAGAGAGAAAUUUGUGGAAGCAGCCUUGACAUCUUUUGGUUCUGGCUGGGUUUGGCUUGUCUUAAAGAGAGAAGAAAAACAUCUUGCUAUAGUAAAGACAUCAAAUGCCUUCACUCCACUUGUUUGGGAUGACAUUCCUAUAAUCAAUUUAGAUGUGUGGGAGCAUGCUUACUAUUUGGACUACAAGAAUGAGAGAGCAAGGUAUGUCAACGCCUUCAUGGACCACCUCGUAUCCUGGAAUACAGCAAUGGGAAGGAUGGCUAGGGCAGAGGCCUUUGUAAAUUUGGGGGAACCUAAUAUCCCGGUUGCAUAAAAGGCGGCGCAGUCUGACUCGAGAAAGUCCACGGUGGAUUGCAGGCAUCAUGACCAAGCUGUCCAAAUAAGACUCGUAGACAAAGGAGCCAAUCUUGUUGUGUCACACCGAAUGAACUGUUGUCGUGGUAUAGAGCAAGGUGUCAGUCGGCAUUAGAUACCGGCUGAAUCAGAGUACGCAACGAUUGGAAAUGAGAAGUGAUGAGAAGGCAGGGGAGGAAAAGGAACUGAAGGGUUCAUGGAUGCCAUAAACUCUGAGGACCCUUGUCUUAGGAGCUAACCAACUAGUAAGGUAGAUAACUAAAAAAGCUGAAGCAAAUGGCCUGAACAUUUUCUAUCCCAAUUUUGAAGAGGUUGGUUGCCUGGUUUUGCAGUUGAUAGCAUUUACUAGAACAAACUCUUGUUUGCAUUAGUGAAUUCUGUCAUAGAAACACUGCUUCGAGUGCGUGCUUCUUUCUGCCUGCUAGGGGCUCAUGCUGCUUGAUGAAUGAGAUUAUGGUUCUUUUUCGCCUC